AUGCAUCAGCCCACUCGUCCCAUCGCGCUCGUAAUGCUGCGCCAGUGCUUCCACGACGGCAAACGAGCGUGUCGGACGGUGUUCCGAAGCAUUGAGGGGAACAAUCGCGCGAGACAGCGACUGGACCGCCUGUCGCGCCACCUCCAGCGCGAUGUCGCUCUAUGUACGAUCUGCAAUAGCGGCGCAAAGACCUCAUGGACAACGUGGCGCCACGUUGCGGCUCUGGGCGUCGUCGUUGGCGGCUGUGCACUCGCGCACGUUUCACUAUCGCUGGACUCAGAGGCAGCUCUGGAAAGCCAAAGCGAUCAGGUUAUUCGCCGCGGCGGCAAUAUACACGACGAGUACGACAUCUUGGACGAAGUCGUGGGCGAAGGGGGCUACUGUGUCGUGCAGAAGGGCGUCGACAGACGCACGGGCGAAGUCGUGGCAGUCAAGAUGCUGAGCAAGAGUGAAACAUCUGCCAGGGAGUUCUGGAGUGAAGUAGACGUGCUCCGCGUGGCUGGGCGACACCCGAAUAUCUUGCAGCUGAGAGGCACGUACGAGACUGAGGACUGCUGGUUUAUUGUACAAGAGCUGGCUCAAGGUGGCGAGCUGUUUGACCAUUUGGUGGCGAAUGGAGCGUAUUCGGAACGACAGGCAAGCGACACGAUUCGACAGUUGUGCGAUGCAUUGCAGUACCUGCACCGCAAGGGCAUCGUGCAUGGCGAUAUCAAGCCUGAGAACAUUUUGUUGCACAAAGGACGCAUGUGUCUCGUGGAUUUCGGCGUAUCCUUUCGUAUGGGCGAGCGAUUCUUCUGUGACUCCCAUUUGAUGGGCACAGUUGCGUAUGCGGCGCCGGAAACACUGGAGCAUGGUGCGCUGAUCCAUCGAAGGAAUGUUAGGGACGAACUACGAAAAGACAGAGAAAAUGAAGAUGCUGUGCCGCUGGACGAAAACGAUGAGGAUCUUGACGACCAAGUGGGUCCAAGCACGAUCAAGUUUGGCCCUAAGUCCGAUAUGUUUGCACUAGGGAUCGUGCUCUACAUCUUGUUGUGUGGCUCCCAUCCUUUUGACACGUACAACAAUCUACCCGAUGAAGAGAUUCGGAGGCGAAUUCUUACAGGAAAGUUUCGCACACAGUCCCGAGCAUGGCAAUCGAUCUCGCCGUCCGCUCGUGACUUGAUCCAGAAGCUGCUCGAGAUUGACCCUGACAAGCGAUUGAGUGCGGAGCAAGCACUUCACCACGCGUGGCUGCGUAAUCAGUUCCAAGUUAGCCCAGAGCCGAUGAAAAACUCGGCCGAGCUGCUGGAAAAGUUCCAGCGUGGACGUCGUCGCUUACGUGCGAGUAUACUGGCGGUUCUUCUGAUCGAUGCCAUGGCUGAGAAUCUGGACGAAGAUGACAACCAAGAGCUGGAAAGUGUGAAGCGCACGUUUGCUUGGGGACUUAGUUCCAGCGUCGAAGCGCUGAACGAGAAGACCAAUGCGCUUCUAUCGACUUUGCAUUUCUUUGACAAAGAGGGGAAAGGGUUUAUUUCCAAGAACGAUCUUGCGCGCGUGAGUGAGAGUUUGGGCAAGCACAUGAGUGAAAAUGAGCUGAACGAGAUGCUUGUAGGGGCCAGUGGUGACCCCGAGCAAAGUGCGUCGUCUGUAGAGGCUGUCGAUUACGACAAUGUGAAGAUGACCAUAUCUACGCUGCGAUCUGCUACUUACCGUCCCGGGGAAGCUAUCAUUCGCGAAGGACAUGCUGGCUCUCACAACGUCUACUUGCUGUUGGACGGUGAGGUUGAAGUUUCGUGCAAGAACCCGAUAAAGAAGUCUGAACCGACCGACGAGAUGGACGAAGACGAUCGUACAGCAAGCACGUCGUCGCUCGACCGCACGGAUAGCUUUGCUGGGUCCGUGCCACGCCCACCUUGGCCAGACUUUAUUCAAUCGCAAUCGAAUACAUCGGGGAGUGAAGAAAUGAAGCUCCGGUGUUUACCAAAGGGGACCUUCUUUGGCGAGAUCGAGUUGGUGCGUCCGGAUGGACGCUUCCUGCCUCGUAUCGCCACCUAUCGUUGCGCUGGAGGCAGUAGCACGCCCUGUAAAGUGUUGCAGCUUGUAGCAGAUGACUUUUUGAACUUGAAGGGGACAUACGAGUCCAUCAACAAUCGUCUUGAGGAAACCGCGCACCGCCAUGUCCAGCAGCACUUGCUCCGAUGUGUGGAAGCUGCGAAGGGGUCUGUGAAGAUGCGCACGCUUGGUGCUGGUGACUUCAUCUAUAGGGAAGGCGAUCCAUGCGACUCGGUAUUUAUCCUGCUGGAUGGACAAGUAGAAGUGCUGAAAGCAAAAGAAGGAGUCGUUGUGGAAGAGUUGAACCCCGGAGACUACUUUCCACUGGGCGUAUCGGGCCAAACAGAGCCGUGCAAGAUUGCCACUCGUCACUCGAGUGUACGGUGUACGCAGCCUGUGAAAGUGGUCGAAAUCGGUGGAGAGACCUUUCGCAGCUUCUUGAGUAGCAACAAGUUCCUCGCCGCAUACUUCCGUGAGGAAGUUAUGGUACGGGAGCGACGGCGUCUCGAUCGAUUGAUGACAGCAUUAUAG